UCACUUUCACUGUCUCUUUUCUCUUUCCUCAAAACUUUCCAUUGAAACUGAGCUUCUUCUCUCUAGAAAAUUGAAAAAAGAAAAAGGAGAGAGUGAAAGAAGGGAACUUUUCCUUUUUGGGUUAUAAUUAACUGCGUGGCCUGUCUUAAAGGCUACUUUGAGAUCUAUACUCGUAGAGAUUUGCAAAAGGCAGAGAGAUAGAUAGUGUUACAGAGAGAAAGAGAUAGAUAGUGAAGCAAGUGCUAAGGAGUGACAUGCAAGAAGAUAGAAGUCAAGACAUUUUAUGGAUGUUUCACAUGAAUUGGAUUAAAAGCUACUCUUGUUCAGGAGAUGAAGAGCUUAUGCGGCAGUAGAGCAUUGGAUCACUCUGUGAUAUUAUGGAACUUAAUUUAAUUGCAAGGACUCAAUUGUAUCUGAUGAUCACAGCUAAUUCUGGAACUGGAUGCUAGCAGACCAUCCUAUUAAUUGGGUGUUUAGAUUUCAUUAGAUUGUAGCAUCGAAAGUGCAUUUUCUAGGCAUAUCUAUACUGUUGGCCCAUACAAAAAUUGCUAAUGUCCUUCCAAGAAAGUGGAUAUGACUUUGGCUUUUCCCAUGUAAAGCAUGUUUAUUUAAGUUGCUAGUGUUUUACUGAAUGAUUAGUUGGAAGGUGGUGCACACUCCGUGAGAUGCAGCCUUAAGCAGAAAAGAGCAAUGUAAUUUAGUUACCUUGGGCAUUCAUUGGGAGGUUAUUCUGUUGCCUUGAAGUCCUAUUUAAGUAGUAUACUGCUCUGAUACUUGCGUUUUGCUUGUGGUACCACAAUCAUUACCAUGGAAUCUGAGUUUGUGAAUGCUAACCAUCUACCUGGUACUAUUCAUCGGCUGCUUCCAUCUGUUGGACCUGUAAUCUUAGUUGCUCUCGGAUAUGUUGACCCUGGAAAGUGGGCAGCAACUGUUGAAGGAGGUGCUCGAUUUGGGCAUGAUUUGAUAGUGCCUAUGCUCAUUUUUAGUUUUGCUGCUAUUUUAUGUCAAUACCUUUCCGCUCGAAUUGGUGUGGUAACCGGAAGAGAUCUUGCCCAGAUUUGCAGUGCUGAGUACGACAAGUUUACGUGCAUGUUUCUUGGAGUUCAAACGGCGCUUUCUGUGAUUGCGUUAGACCUUACUAUGAUCAUUGGCAUUGCACAUGGACUUAAUCUUCUCUUUGGGGUGGAUUUGUCCACUGGUGUUUUUUUAACUGCUGUUGAUGCUGUUUUAUUUCCACUUUUUGCCUCCUUCCUGGAGAGAUGCAAGGCGAAUUUUCUAUGCACAUACAUGGCAGGCUGUAUAUUGCUUUUCUACUUUCUUGGAGUUUUUACCAGUCAAACAGAAGUACCACUUUCCAUGAAUGGGAUGCUGACAAAGUUAAGUGAGGAAAGUGCGUUUGCCCUUAUGAGCCUUCUUGGAGCGAAUAUUAUGCCUCAUAAUUUUUAUCUCCAUUCUUCUUUUGUGCUGCAGCAGCAACCAGGUGGUCGAAUUGUUUCCAAGGAUACCUUGUGCCUUCACCAUUUUUUUGCCAUCUUAUGCGUUUUCAGUGGCAUUUAUCUGUUGAAUUAUGUGCUUAUGAAUUCAGCUGCUAAUGUGUUCAACAGUACGGGCCUUGUUUUGCUUACUUUUCCUGAUGCGAUGUCGUUAAUGGAACAGGUCUUCAGAAAUCCGAUGGCACCCCUUGCCUUUCUGAUAAUUUUGUAUUUUACAAAUCAACUCACAGCAUUGACCUGGAAUCUCGGUGGGCAAGUAGUCUUGCAUGAUUUUCUCAGACUAGAUAUACCAAAUUGGCUUCAGCAUGCUACAAUUCGAAUUAUGGCCAUUGUUCCAGCUCUUUGUUGUGUAUGGACUUCAGGAGUUGAAGGAAUAUACCAGUUGCUUAUUUUUACACAGGUUAUGACGGCUCUACUGCUUCCAUCUUCCGUGAUCCCACUUUUCCGGGUUGCAUCAUCAAGGCCAAUAAUGGGUGUCUACAAAAUAUCUCAGAUUUUGGAGUUCCUAGCACUGGUUACUUUUAUGGGCUUGUUAGGCUUGAAGAUUAUAUUUGUAGUUGAAAUGAUUUUUGGGGAUAGCGAUUGGGUAAGUAAUUUGAGGUGGAAUAUGGGUAGUAGUGCAUCUAUCCCUUAUGUUGCACUCCUCAUCACUGCCUGUUCCUCAUUUUGUUUGAUGCUCUGGUUAGCAGCAACGCCACUGAAAUCGGCUACAUUGUUAGAUGCUCAGGCAUGGACCUGUGACAUAUCCAAUGUACCUGAAACUUCCACACAGAGAAAAGAAAAUUUUGUGAGUGAAAUAUUACAUAAUGGAGGGGAACCCAUUCAAAAUCAGGAACAAUUACCAGCUCUAGAAAAUUCCCUGGAGAAUUAUUCAGAUAUAGCUGGUCCAAACACUGAACUUGAUUUGCCGGAGACAAUAAUGGAAUCUGAUAACGAACUUCAUUUGACAACUGCUGAGGAAAACUAUUGUGAUGUCAAGUUCCAUAACCCCCCAAAAUCCUACCAGGAGGAAUCAACAUCGAUAAUGGACAAAGUACCAGUUUCAACUAUUGUUAAUGAAGUUGCUGAUGGUGAUCUACCAGACACUGAAAAGAUUCAGAUUGAAUCAAUGGAACCAAUUGAGAAGACCGUGGGGAUAGAGGGGGAAUCACAGGCUGAAAAGGAGGAUGAUGAGGGAGAAACCUGGGAGCCUGAAGAACCAUCUAAAGCUGCUCCUGGAAGUUUGUCAUCUCUGGCACCUGAUGGUCCACCGUCAUUCAGGAGUUUAAGUGGAAAAAGUGACGAAGGUGGGAAUGGUGCUGGAAGUCUUUCGAGAUUAGCAGGGUUGGGGCGUGCUGCAAGGCGCCAGUUAGCUGCGGUUCUUGACGAAUUUUGGGGACAGUUGUAUGAUUUUCAUGGGCAAGUAACUCAGGAAGCAAAGAACAAGAAACUAGAUUUGUUACUAGGUGAGUCAAAGCUUGCAUCUUCCGCAUUGAAUGUGGAUAUCACUGGGAAGGACUUUAGUGGAUACUUCCCAUCAUCAGUUGGUAGAGGAUCUGAUUCUCUGAUGAACACAAGCUUAUGUGAUUCUCCCAAACAGCUGAGGGUUCAAAGCAAUGUCGACUCUUCAUAUGGAGUUCAAAGGGGAUCAUCCUCAAUGUGGUCCAACCACAUGCAAUUGUUGGAUGCAUAUGUGCAAGGUUCUAGCCGCAAUGUUGUUGAUGCCACUGAGAGGCGAUAUCCUAGCGUGCGCACUCUACCAUCAUCUGAUGGCUGGGACAACCAGCCAGCUACUGUACAUGGUUAUCAGAUUGCAUCUAUUGUCAAUAGACUUGCCAAGGACAGAAAUCCAAAUGACUUGAAUGGUCAAAUGGAAUCACCAGCACCAAUAUCCCCAUCCUUGGGCCCCAGAAACUACAGGGACCCGCUUGCAGUUGCCUUGGGGCAAAAAUUACAAAAUGGAUUAAGCUCCCCUCAAGCUUCAAGGUAUCAGAACUUUCCAACAUCUGGAAAUAGCUCUUUGCAAUCUGAAAGACCAUAUUAUGCUGUUUGCUCUUCUGGAUCUGCUGAUAGCACAGGUAUGUCGGCCAAUACAAAGAAAUACCAUAGUUUGCCAGACAUUUCAGGGAUUUCCGGUCCUUACAGAGAUCUGUAUAUGUCGGAGAAGAGUAAUCAGUGGGACAAUACUGUUGGAUUUGGAGCAUCUGUUGGCAGAACUAGUUAUGAACCUUCCUUUUAUUCAAAUACUGGGAUGGGAGCUGGAGGUGCUUUGGCUUUUGAUAAUGUUUCAAAAGGUUAUAGAGAUGCUUUCUCCUACUCUGUGAGUUCAGAGCGUGGAUCCAUCUGGUCCAAACAGCCAUAUGAGCAGUUUGGCAUUGCUAAUAAAAGUCGUACUGUUGGAAGUGGAUUAGGAAGCAGGUCAAAUUCAAUUACUCGAGAAGCCAUCUCGGUGGCGGAUUCAGAGGCCCAGCUUCUUCAGUCCUUCAGAUGUUGUAUUGUUAAGCUUUUGAAAUUGGAAGGGUCUGAUUGGCUAUUUAGGCAAAAUGAUGGAGCUGAUGAAGACCUAAUUGAUCGAGUGGCUGCAAGGGAGAGGUGUCUGUAUGAAGUUGAAACAAGAGAGAUAAACCGCAUGGUUCAAAUAGGUGAGCCUCAGUACUCCUAUUCUGAUAAGAAAUCUGGUUCUGCAUUGAAGAAUGACGAGACAGGUAUAGCAAACAUUCCAGUUUCCUCGGUUCCUCAUUGCGGGGAGGGCUGUGUUUGGAAAGCAGAUUUGAUAAUAAGCUUCGGGGUGUGGUGCAUUCACCGAAUUCUUGAUUUAUCACUGAUGGAAAGCAGACCAGAGUUGUGGGGGAAGUACACUUACGUGCUAAAUCGUCUUCAGGGAAUCAUAGAACCGGCAUUUUCAAAGCCCCGGGGUCCAAUGUCUCCGUGCUUCUGCCUUCAACUCUCUGCAGCAUAUCAACGCAAGUCGAGCCCACCUGUUACAAAUGGAAUGUUGCCCCCUGCAGCAAAACCAGGGAGGGGCAAAUGCACUACUGGGGCAAUGGUUCUUGACUUGAUCAAAGAUGUAGAGAUUGCCAUAUCUUGCCGAAAGGGUCGAUCAGGCACUGCUGCUGGUGAUGUAGCUUUCCCAAAGGGAAAAGAAAACUUGGCUUCUGUUCUUAAACGUUAUAAACGGCGAUUAUCCAGCAAACCAAUUGGGAGCAAAUAAGGGUCUUUAGAUCUUAGCAAGGUUCUGAUGUCAGCUCCUCACAGAUCAUGGCUUGUGUCUCAUCAGGCUGCCUCAACUGGGUGAAAAUUGGGCUGUUUGAUUUUGAAAAGCAGCUUACUGUAGAUCAGGGUCAUUCAGUUAUGGGGCUCUCUCUACUUCUCUCUUUCUUUCUUUCUUGCUCUUCUUUGUGUAUUAAAAAGUUAUGCUCUGCAAAAUUCACUACGUUGUAUGUUAUAUAUACAUAGGAUAAAGCCUACGGAAUACGUAAUUGCAGAAGAAAAUGGGUAGAAAGGUGGAAAGUUGAUAAAAUGCAUUUCUGGUUUCAGCAAUUCUGUCACUUCUCUUUUUUAAAAGGCAAUGUAGAUACUUGGGAUGGAAGAAAAAAAGUACCUAGGAAAUUGUUAAAACAUACUAACUAGUAUGUAUAUAUAAAUGUGUAUCUUCAGUUGCCUGUAAGUGACAAACUGACAAUGUUAUAGGCUGUUUUUAGAUCAAUAGCAAGGGCUUGGAUGUGUUCAUGUUCA